AUGAAGCGGGUUUAUGAGUUGCACAAGAUAUCCGGGUUCUUAAUUGUAGUCGGAAUGAUACUUGGAAUUGAUGUAUCUUCUAUGGCUGUAUUCAUUGGAUCAAAACAUUUUAAUGAGUACUUUAACUACCCAACUCCAUUUCAACAGGGAAUGGUCUCAGGCGCAUAUCCAAUUGGAGGAUUAAUUGGAUGUGUUCUUUUUGCAUUUAUGGGAGACAGAAUAAGUCGGUUGGGGUGUUUUAGAUGCUCAGCACUCAUAUGGCUAGCUGGUUGUGCAAUAUCUGUACUUGUAAUAAAUAUAUACAUGAUUGCUAUGGGGAGGUUUGUCAAAGGUGUUGCGGUAGGAUCGUUGUCGGUGGUUUCUUCAAUAUAUUUAGUUGAAGUUUUUCCCACAAAUCGGAAGGGAAUUGCUACUGUUUUAGUGCAGCUUACGAUAACAUUUGCUAUUUUCUUAAUGUAUAUGGCUUGUUGGACAUUCAAUCGCUUUUUCAACAGUCACUAUGCAUUUCGCAUAUCCUGGGGAUUGGAAAUAAUCCCAGCAUUGGCUUUGAUAACCGGUACUUUUAUAAUACCUGAGUCUCCCAAAUGGUUCGUUGCAAACGAACAAUAUAACGAAGCGCAAGAAGUCCUCUCGAGGUUAAACGCUGCAUCAAUGUCGGCUUUUGACAGAGAAGCGAUAUUAAACAUGUAUGGAAAUACUUCAAAAACAAAAUUUGUAGACCUAAUAAAGCCACCAUAUUUCAAACAAGUUCUAAUAGGUAUAACUAUCCAAACAUUGGUGCAAUUCACAGGAGUGAAUGUGUUAAUGUAUUAUUUGGUCUAUAUAUGUGAAAUGGCUGGUUUGCAUGGGAACUCUAAAAUGAAUGCAGCAAGUAUGCCCUACUUGCUCAACAUAUUAUUCACUUUUGUUCCCUUUCAUUUUCUAGACAAGACAAGUAGAAAAAUGCUCAUUAUUAAUGGUUCGUUUUCAUUAGCCCUUGUGAUGAGUCUAAUAGGGUUUUCAAUGUGGGUGUAUGGUUACGACGUCAGUCCCAUCAAUGGAAACCCUGCUUUAGUCUGGAAGCUAACACCCAAAGGGGGUGAAAUAACAAUUGCACUAUGCUUCGUUUUUGUUGCAAUAUUCGCAAGCACCUUAAGUUGUUCUGCUUGGUUAUAUACUAAUGAAAUAUUGCCCACAGUGAUAAAAACUAAAGGUUUAUCGGUAUGCAUGGGAGUCAGCUGGUUGGUUAACUUUACUCUUACCUUUUUGUCGCCAUUGAUGAUGUCAACAUUAAAAUGGGGAACUUUCCUUUUAUUUGGGAUAGUGACGUUUGUGCUCACCAUAGUUGUUUGGUUAACUUUUCCAGAAACAUUGGCAUUGUAUCAAGAAAAUGCACUUGAUCUUUGCAGCUGCAAGACCGAGGUGGGCUCAAGUAACAAAGGUUCCAGCAUUCCAGAUUUUGAUUAUAAUGACGCAUUUAGUGAGAUUCCAACGGUUUACAAGCUUAAAGCACGUGCAAAUCUAGAUCAAUUUUCUUUAGAUGACCAUGACACUAUAGCUGGUAAAUACCGAUCAUCAGCACCAUCUCCAGUGUACUUACAACAAAACCCUGUUGCUGCGAAAAUAGCAACUCAUAAUUAUAAUGAAAGUUCUCUUAAACCGGAAUCCGUACGCAUCCCGGAACAACCUAAUAAAGCGGAAAAACCUAGCGGAUCAGCGAAAUCUGUCGAUCCCGAAAAGCACUGUGACCCAAUGAUGUCACUGCAAUCAGACAAAAUUAUGAUGCUUACAUUAACUACGAUUAGUAGUAAUCUAUCUGAUGUCUUGGUUGAAGAGGCAGUCACAAAUGAUGGAUACCGGUAUAAUAACGGAGAUGUGAUUGACCUUUACGCUAGUCGGCCGAGUGCUGGAGGUGUAGUUUGA